AUGAGGUCAUGGUUUAAAGGCUCCGGCACGGCUAAUGCCUCCAAAUUGAGCCUCUCUUCAAGCAAGAAUGCCAGCUCCACUCAGGUUGCAGACCCACGCGAUGUCGAGGCAGCAGACCUGCAAGAUGCCAUGGACGCAGCUGCUCGCAUCGUUAAUGAUGACAUCGACGGUGCAGAAGCACAACUCAAGGCGCGCAAGGAUUCAUCCAGCUUCCACCAGCUUGGUCUCGGCAUCGCCAUCUUUAUGAGGUCGAUUCUGGGCUUCGAAAAGGAGAUCAUGCUUGAAGCCAGCAAUCGGCUGGCCGAGUGCGAGUCGCGUGCCUGGGCCGACAUGAAGAAGGCGCAGAAGCAGGCUGAAGGCGGCGGCGGUUGGUUCAGGGGCGCUGGCACAGCGAACGGCCUGGGGCCCGCGAAGAGCAGCCAGAUAUAUCCGCCGGGGAGCGAGUACCAGCUGGUCAACGCAGAAGCACAACUCAUGGGCGCCAUAAUAUCGGUCAUGCAUGAAAGUCUCACGGAGGGCAUCAAGGGCUUUUACAAGCUGCGCAAGGCCUUCGUUGCACUCGAUGCCAUUAUGGAGGCUGAAUCGAGAGUCCUGGCUGAGCGGAAAGCCAAUGGUGUGGCUCAAGGAUCAUCGAGUUCUACGAGUGCUCCAAAGAAGGAUACAAUCGACGAGGACCAGAAGAAUAACGAGUCUGACAGCGACCUCGAGUUUGUCGACGCCCCGGAAGAUGCUGAAAAGUCUCAAGCACCGGCAGUAUAUACUGGUCACCUAAAGAGAGUCAACAGUAAAUCCGCUCCUGGCUCUGUGCUCGAGAAGGAAAUGGGCGACUUGGCUCUGGAGCCCGCCACCACGUCGUUGCCAACAUCGAGGCAAGGUUCGCCAGACUCCCAGAAUCGAACAGGCUCUCCACAGCGCCGCGCAGUCCGGCAAACCCUCCUCGAUCAGGCGGGCCCAGACUCGUCGACUUUCACACACCCAGUCGAUAUCUUCGUCCACAGCGGUGCAAAUAUGUGCUUCGGGAUUCUGCUACUUAUUAUUUCUAUGGUCCCGCCCGCGUUUUCGAAGCUGCUCUACAUUAUCGGAUUCAAGGGUGACCGCGAACGCGGUGUGCAGAUGCUGUGGCAAUCAACCAAAUUCGACAACGUAAAUGGGGGAGUGGCCGGCCUUAUGCUGCUGGGGUAUUACAACGGAAUCCUCGCAUUUGCGGACAUCCUGCCCUCAGACAAGGAUGUUGAGGAGCUUGCAGACGACGGAGAGAUCAUUGGUUAUCCCAAGGAACAGUGCUCCGCCCUCCUACAAAACAUGCGAGCACAGUACCCAGAAAGCGGAAUGUGGAAAGUUGAGGAGGCCAGAAACCUGGCCAACGCCCAGCGCGUCCCGGAGGCCGUGGCGUUGCUCAAGGCAAACAAAGACUCCAAGAUGCGCCAGGUCACGGCACUCAGCAGCUUCGAGCUGUCGACAAACGCCCUGUUCUCCAUGGACUGGGUCACCAUGCGUGACGGGUUCCUGCGGUGCAUCGAGCUGAACGACUGGAGCCACAGCCUGUACUAUUUUUUCAUCGCGUCGGCGGAGCUCGAACUGUACAGGGACGCGGUCCAUGCAGGAGAUGCCACAGAGGCCAAGAAGCACAAAAAGGCGGCGGAGGAGUACUUCCGGAAGGCACCAGCGAGCGCCGGCAGGAAGAAGUUCCUCGCAAGACAGAUGCCGUUCGAGGUAUUCGCGCUGCGCAAGGUCCAGAAGUGGGAGGACCGCGCGAAAGAAUACGGCAUCGAUCUUGCUGACGCAGUUGGCAUCUCGCCUGCUGAGGAGAUGACGUACUUGUGGUCCGGAUCCAAACGUAUGUCCAAUGAUAUGUUCGAAAAGGCGCUGGCGUACCUGAGCUGGGACAGAUGCACGGCGAGCAAGGAAAACGUAGAGAAGAUGAAGGCUAUCCCGGAUGAAGCGGCCAUCAAGGCGGUCGCAGAGUCUGUCAUCUUCAGUAAUAUGGGUCGGUAUGACGACGCCAGGGAUAGGGUGAAGCCUUACUUAGAUCAGGACAGGACACUCUUCAAAGGCGCCACGAGGGAUGACUAUACCCUCCCAUGCGCACACUACGAGAUGGCCGCGGUGGCGUGGAAGGAGGCCUGCGACCCGAAGUGCUGGCCAGCGGGUGCCAAGGAGGCUGACGAGUAUAGACGGAAGAAGGUCACGGAGAGCCAGGAGUAUUUGGACCACGUCAAGACAUGGGAAAGUUUUGUGCUUGAUGCCAGAAUCGGGAUGAGGGUCCAAACCGGCGCGGAUAGCAUUGCGUGGUUGAAGAAGAAAAAGAACUGGGCGUGA